ACUUCUUAUCUUGAUAGAAGGUUUUAAUCUCACGUGGUUAGAAUUUGUUUUGAAUCAAAUUCCGGAAGAAAAUUGUAAUUAAUUAUUGUUACUAUAAUUUUGUUUGGCUAAAAUAAUUUAUUAUGGCAUCAGUCGUGUUAGGAACUAUUAAUAGAAAUGCUUAUGUUGAUAAGAGUAAACUUACAAGUCGAUUUUUUCCGUCUAAAGUUGGUGGAAAGCCAGCUUGGUUGGACCUAAGAUAUAUUUUGGAGGCUGAAAAAAUGAUAUGUACAAAGUGUAAAAUUCCACUCGUAUUUUUGUGUCAACUUUAUGCUCCAAUAGAUGAACCUGGUUUUCAAGGGCAAUGCUUCCACAGAAUGUUAUUUGUAUUUUUUUGUAAUGAUUGUAUAAGUGACAGGACAUUUUUAGUGUUACGAUCCCAACUAUCUAUUAAGAAUGAUUACUAUUCAGAUGCUCCACCUAAAGUCAACGAUCCUGAGAUAACAUCUGAAUCAUGGGAUGUGAAACUUUGUAAAAUAUGUGGUUGUAAAGCUACUGUAGAGUAUGAAAACAUGUAUUGCAGUUUGUAUCAUAAAAAAUUUGAUAUUAGUAGCGAAUCAACAGAUAAAAAAAUUGUAAUUUUACCAGAAUAUGAAAUAAAUGAGGAUGUAGAUGAUGGUUCUAGUGAAAAUGAUGAUGAUGAGUCUUCAAAUAAUGAUGAAAGUUCUGAUGAAUAUUGUGAGGACACAAAUAAUUCCAUUGGUACUCUACAUGAUAUAGAAAAUAUAGAUGAAGCUUUAUUAGAAAUGGCAUAUAGUGGUGAUAAAGAUGAUGUAUAUUUUGAAAAAUUCAAAAAUACAAUUGCUUCUGUCCCAGGACAAAUCAUCAGGUAUGACCGUUUGGGAAUACCAUUAUGGAUAUGUUCAAAAUGUAUUCCUCAGUCGAAUGAAAUCCCUCCUUGUUCAUAUUGUGGAAGUGAAAGGCAAUUUGAAUUUCAAAUAAUGCCACAAAUAUUGUAUUACUUGAAAUUACCAGAAAUACCAGCAAAAGAAUCAUUUAAUUUUGGUGUAUUAGCUAUAUAUACAUGUCCAAAAAGUUGUAAUACCAAUAACAAACAAUAUCAGGAAGAGUUUUUAUGGCAACAAAGUGCUUUGUAAUAAUCAUUUGUAUUGAAUACUAUUAAAUUAAUAUUAUUAUUCAUGUA